UAGCGCGCGGCACGGCCGGGGGGGGGGGAGGCGGGCAAUCGCCGCGCCACACGGCUCCAGUGCUCACCGUGGGAGCUCCGGUACCGACGAGCGGAGCUGCGGGUGUGUUUAAGAGGUAAUAAAGCGCGAGAAGGGGGCUUCACUUUCAGCUUUUAACGUGACGGAGCGGCUUGUUUUGCUUCAGUCCGCUCUGCUCCCCCCCUGCAGGAAACUUGGGACAGUCCAUAUCGCGUCAGCCAUUGUUUACAAAUGAACUGAAGUCUGUCUGUCGGAGCGGAGCUGACGGCGAGGACCGAGGAACGGCCCGGCGGCUCAUUCAUCCACCCAAACAGCGCACAGAACCUGCAGAAACCCACCGAGACUCGGAGAACCGCGCCAUGCCGUGCCGGAAGCAGGACUACCUCCUCCUGGAGCAGUCGGUCACCGUGGACUCGGCGGAGGUGGACGCGCUGGUGACGAAGAUCGGAGAGGCGCUGCAGCUCCAUAGCACCGCCCAGAAGACGGUGUCGGUGUCCGUGUCCUGCCUGCACGGGCUAACGGGCGGCCCCGGGGUCAAACCGGCGGCGGGCAGCGCGGGAACUCCUGGCCAGGCGCGGACUGGCUGCUGCAUGCGGCUCCGGAGCCACCGGGGACACCGAGGCGGCAGCAGGGCGAGCCCGUACUGUGUGCCCGGCUCCAGCAGUGAUCCGGACUGGGACCAGCUGCGACCGUGGAAUAAGAAGCGUAUCACUGUGGAGGAGGACGACCCGCACCGGCUGCUGCAGCAGCUCCUGUUAUCGGGGAACCUGAUCAAAGAAGCCGUGCGGAGGCUGCAGUUCUCCGCGGACUGUGGAGACUUCCCCCGUGCGGCGGAUAGUGUGCCGUGCUGAUACCGGACCGGCCCGCUGGGCACCGACACGGACACAAGGACCUGAGACCGCUCAGGAUGAACUCUGUUAGGACUCGUCUCCUAAUUUCUCCGUUUUCAUUGAGUCUGUGAGGCCAUCAGCUAGCUUAGCUCUGCUAGCCUCUGAUGUUGUUUAUGUUUGCAUGUGUGGGGGAGGGGUGAAGCUCACCUUGAAUCACAGGUAAAGGUGAGUUUGUGUCACAUUUUAGUGAGCUGUGAGGGGACACGUGGCUGCUCCCUGCUGCUUCACGUGGACUCAGAGGCAGGAAGUCUGCCGCAUGUGUUUCUGUGGGGUUGGGGUUUGUUUAUAGUCUCAAGGUGGGGGGAGAGGAGCCCCUCCGCUGGUUUACCUGCACGGGUAGCAGCUGAGCCGGACCUGCUGCUGGACUGAGCCUCUGGGAUUUUGGGUUUUUGGUCCCAGAGGACUCUGGGCUCUCCACCUCCCUCGGACCUCCACACUGAUCAGGUGCUCUCACCUUUUGGGAAUUCCCAGCAGGAAUUUUGUUGUUGUUUUUUUAUUUUUAUGCUUUUUUUGUUUUUGUUUGUUUGUGUGUGAACAAGAGUGCCCAUUGCUUCGUACCGGAGUAUCUGAUGACGUUCCUGAGUAUUCAGGGCCUUUUUGUUGUCUUAAUAAACUCACUUCUGUUUUCCAAA